AUGUCCGCAUAUUUAAAUGCACAGUAUCAAAGUAAUACAAUCAGAACUACUAAAGGAAAUAAUGUGAAACUAAUUGGCACUCGCAACAGCGGUACUGAAGGCAACUUAAUAUGGUGUCUGAAAUGGAUUUCAGUUUUGAUUCUUUUUGUAAUUGCCUCCCAAAAAGUAAUUGAAUCUAAAGCACCUGCUGCUGGUUCAACUAAGGAAAACCAAGUUGCUACUGCACUGCUCUCGAAAAGCAAAAUCACCAUCAUGUACGUUAGUCAAAUUAAUCAUGAUAAACUUUGGCUGUUUACAAAAAUAGGAACCCUUAAUAAAUUUGAAGAGGCUGGAAAAGACUGCAUUCUGCGGCAAAAAUUUUAUUCAUUUGAUGAUUUUUCCUUCCAUUUGUACUGUCUUACAAAGCAACAGUUGCUGGGGUGUCUAUUUUGUGCGUUCACAAGUAACAAAAGUUCAAAUUCAAAAUCGGCAGAUUUUGAGGAACGUGUUCUUCAGGCGACGAAACGUGCAGCAGUACCAUAUUUCAGUUCUGAUUCACGUACUAAAUACCACAGCAUUGAAGGCAAAUUUAUAUUAGGAGUUAUUUUCAUCUAUAGUAGAGGCAUUGGUGAUGUAGGGAGAAUGAUUCCUAUAAUGAGCAUUUAA